GCACAAAAGCAGACGGCAUGGCAGGCGAGGGGACCCAUGCAGAAGGAAGGCAAGCAAAGCCCCGGCCGGGGAAGAAGAAAGCAACCUCCGAGCUAACCCCGUUCAAAUCAACGAACCCACCUCCACCUCCACCUCCACCACCGCCACCUCCUCCUGCUCCUCCUCCUCUUACAAAUACCACCACCGUGACGCCGCCCUGUGCCCCGUCGGAACCAGCGACGAGAGAGAAGCAAGGCAAGCGCGCGCCCGGCCCGAAACGCAAGUCUUCUGAACAGGAGCUGGAUUCUGCCAUUAGCCUUUCGGCUAGUGAUACCAUGGAUGUGUCUGAUGAUAAGUGUGCUCAUCAGUCUGAUCUGCCUGGCGCUGUUCAUGCCGUACAAUCUGGCAACGGCAGAUCUGAACCAUUGGAAUCUGCUGGUGUCAAUGGAGCUACUGAAAAUGAAGGUUCUUGGGCCAUCGAUCGUGCUGAGCUGACUGAUGAUGAGCAUGCGGUAGAUGAAGCCUCUCUUGCCAGUGUUGAAAAAGGAGGCGUGGAGCAACUUUGUUUUGAAAAUAAUGCUGUUAAACAAGAGGAUCAAGAAAAGUUUCCGAUGACAGAAAUAGCAGUGAGUGAUAGUACCUCAAUUGCAUCUAUGGAAGAUGCACUGGAACUAAAUGAUUCUGUUCCUUCGGAGACUGAAGAUAUUAGCAAACACACUCCUGAUCUGUCAAGUGGCAAGUCCCCCAAUGGGAAUCCAAAUGUAUUCCAAAGUGCGAAGAGUGUGUUGACAACCGCAAAGAAGAAGCUGAAGAGAACUUCAUCUGCAACUACAAGGAAGCCACUACAAUCUACUAACAGAAGUAAUCAGGACGAUGGAAACGCUUAUACUUUCGCUAACCUGAAAUCAUCAAUUGGAAAGACCACAGUUCCAUCAGGCCCAGUUUUCCGAUGCACUGAGCGUGCCGAGAAGCGCAGAGAAUAUUAUCUGAAGUUGGAGGAGAAGCAUCAAGCUAUGGAGGAAGAGAAAAAUCAGUUGGAAGCUAGGCUAAAGAAAGAACAAGAGGAGGCUCUGAAGCUGCUCAGGAAGAGCUUGACCUUCAAAGCCAACCCCAUGCCGAGCUUCUACCACGAGGCGCCAUCUCCCAAGGCUGAAUACAAGAAGCUGCCCACAACACGUCCGAAGUCGCCGAAGCUGGGGCGGAGGAAGACGACCUCCAUGGAGACGUCCAACUCGUCGUCGGAGAGCGACGGCGCCGCGAGCGCGUCACGGCCAUGCUGCCGCGCCAGCCGCGACGGCCUCGACAGCAGCUGCAAGUGCACCAGCAGCAGAAGCGGCAAGAUGCAGGCCGCGAACGCCAAGCCGGCCGCGCCCAAGAAGCAGCAACCGAAGCACCGCGUCCACGAGAGCGCCAUCAACAUCGCAGUGCACUAGCUGCUGCUGCUGAAACUUCUUGCUCGUUUCUUCUGGCCGCAAGAUGAUGGCGAUGGCGUCAGAAUUUUCUUACAAGUUAUGAGAGUGCUUGACCUCUGCUUCCCGGCUUGUGGUUUUGGUGUAGACAAUAAGUUAUGGUGAUCAUGGUGAUGGUGAUGAUGAACAAGGUUCUGCUGCCAUGAGUGGAGUCGGUCAGUCAGUAAGUCAGUCAGAGUUGGUGUUUAUUUAUGCUAAUUUUAUUUAAUUUCUUGUUGAGGAUGGCCUGUCUCUGUCUGUGUACAGGGCUGUUUGACUCUUAAUUUAUAAAUAUUUAUAUGGGAUGUGGUAAGCUUGAGUCUUGGAUGUAAGCUGUAAAAACAAAAAAGAGGGUUUGUUGGUGGUGAUGGCAAGGAACUAUUUAUCUGAUUUAUGCUCACUCACUACAUUUAUGUUGA